UCCCACACACACACACACACACACACACACACACACACACACACACACACACGCACACACAUACACAUACAUACACACAUAUGAGCAUAUGAGGGUGCAUUUUACCAUCACACAGAGGUAGCAGAGGAAUGGAAGACAGAGAAGAGUCUUGCCCUCUUUUUGCCGAUCUUGUGUAUCAUGUUUCUCCAUGGCGGCUUCAGGAAAGGCACAAAGUGUGUCCUUUGUUGCUAUUUGCCUGGAUUUUAGUGUGAUGCGCUAGCUACCACCAUCCUCACAAGCCUCAGCUGGACUCACCUACAAUUCUUUGCAGAGUCUGGAAGGAAAGAGAUUUGUUAAGUUGAGCCCUGAGGAUGCUGAAGCUGAAGACGACUUCAAGGAGUCAGGGAAAGUGGACACAUAUAGAGAUUUAUCUACAUCAACCAAAGUGACACAAGUGGAAGUGAGCUCUGUUUGUGUAUAAUAAUCCCUAUUUUUUGGGGGCAUGUUACAACCCAGGAAUUUCUGAAACAUGUAAAAGAAGCACAAGCAGUGGUCCAAGGAAGUAAAUUUCUUCUGAAGCCUGAUGAAGCUUUGCUGUUACUGAAAAGAUCUGCUCCCAAAUAUCUUCAUUGGCAACAUGUCAUCUUUUCUCUAGCACUGUCUGGAUCCAAACAUACCCAUCUGCCUACCUGCUACCAUCACAUAACAGGCUUCUCAUUACACAUUUGACCUCUUUAAAUUGCACAACCACACUUUCACGAGCAGCACAUAUAUGUAACAUGCAGUGGCGACGGCGACAUUGCUGUCCAAUUAAGAUGACAUGGAAUAUCAAGCGGUCACUCUUCCGUAUGCACAUGAUGUGCCUGCUUUUUCUAGCCUUAAUUUUCACCAUCUUUCUCAGCUGCAGCUUCAAGGACUGGCUACCCAGUCAACAAGGACUACGAGAAGACUCUGUGGCCUACACAAUGCAUGGCUUGCAUCCAGUAAAGGAACAUGCUGAGGGCAACCAAAGUUCACUGCAAAACCUCUGGAGGGAGUCACUUUUUGUUCCUUCUAAGCCACCUAUGAACUUCAGUUCUCAUCAAUCAGAGGGUGCAAUUCAAAGCAUCUCAGGAAUGGAAGCAUCUCUCAGCACUAACAAAACAAAUGACAAUACCUUGCACAGAGAAAUGGGUGUGGGAGAGCAACUGGCACCUAAUCCAUACCGGUAUUUGCUGAAUGAGCCCUACAAAUGUCAAGACAGCAGCCCUUUUCUCAUUCUGCUCAUUGCAGUAGAGCCAGGGCAUGUGGAGGCUAGGAAUGCUAUCAGGCAAACAUGGGGAAAUGAGAGCCUGUUCAUGGGCAUGGGUUUUGUGCGUCUAUUUCUCAUGGGCAUGAAGUCCGGUUUUGAUGGCCACCUUCAGCACGCCAUUGUUGAAGAAAGCUUGCAGCACCAUGACAUCAUACAGCAGGACUACAUGGACACUUACUACAACCUUACCAUCAAAACACUGAUGGGCAUGAACUGGGUUGCCGAGUAUUGUCCUCAUGCCAGCUACGUCAUGAAGACUGAUAGCGACAUGUUUGUCAAUACAGAGUAUUUAAUCAAAAAGCUGCUGAAGCCAGAAUUACCACCUCAGCACAAUUACUUUACCGGCUACCUAAUGCGAGGCUAUGCACCAAAUCGCAACAAAGACAGUAAGUGGUACAUGCCUCCAGAGCUCUAUUCCAGUGAGAGGUAUCCCAUCUUCUGUUCUGGCACAGGCUAUGUGUUCUCUGGAGACAUGGCAGGCAAGAUCUAUCAGGCAUCACUGAGUAUACGUCGCUUGCAUCUUGAGGAUGUCUAUGUAGGAAUCUGCUUAGCAAAGCUGCGCAUCGAUCCCGUGCCACCGCCAAAUGAGUUUCUCUUCAACCACUGGAGAGUUUCCUACUCAAGCUGUAAAUACAGUCACCUUAUCACCUCCCAUCAGUUUCAACCAAGUGAACUCAUCAAGUACUGGAACCACUUGCAGAGCAACAAGCACAAUGCUUGCAUCAACAUUGUAAAGGAGAAGAACAGCAAAUUGCGUCACAGGAAGUUGGAGUGGGAAAGGCAUCGGUGAUGACCACACGCAUGACUCACUGCAACAAAGUAUUUUAAAGCAUGAGUAAAUCAAUCAGAACCUUAAUAUAGGAAAGAGCACAGUUUCUGUCAUUAUGUAAAGUCAACUAAAACUAUUUUUAAAAUUUGAUAGAUGUUAUGUAUUGUAAAUCUGUUUAGAUAUUUUUUAAAGGGAAAUGAGAGGUAAAUGUUAUGUGCAACAUAUAGCAUGCACAAAAAGCAUAACAAAUGAGAUCCCCCUUAUUCAGGUGCCAAGAAAGUUCACAAUGCAACAAUUUCACUCCAGACCUUUUAUUUCUGUAUUAAACAAGAAAACUUACAAGAAGACAUUAUAGUGGUAGAUUUGUCUCUCUCUCACAAACACACAAACACACACACAAACACACACACACAUACACACACAUACACACACAUAGCUGUACCUGUUGUACCUAUGCUCUUUCUGCCAAUUUUUCAAUCAGACAACCAUGUGGUUAAAUUUGCCCUCAAUCUGAAGUUUGAUGACAAUUUUAAUUGCAGCUCUUGACCUGUAACUGCAUGAUUUUACACAUUGUUCUGGUGCCACAUGAUUGUUUGAUUGGAUAAUUUAAUUAAUGUGUAGGUCUGCAGGUGUUCUGAUAUAAAGACAAAGACACAAAGCCUUGCAUAUGUUUACCCUUCUUGGGAACUUUAUUUAUUAAAUGUUUUUUCCUUUUUAUUGGUCUCUUUAAUGGGUUUCAUAUGGUUCCUGACCACUGAACACUAUUACAUGACUUAUACAAAAUGAUCCACAUCCAAAGUUCAUUCAUACACUCUGUGAAGAAUGGACUGGGAGAGGAAAACAAUAAAGGUAUGAUAGAUAGAUAGAUAGAUAGAUAGAUAGAUAGAUAGAUAGAUAGAUAGAUAGAUAGAUAGAUAGAUAGAUAGUAUUCAUAAUUAUUUCCUACAUUUUCUAGCAUUAACACUUUGAACUGGGAUGGAUUAUAUCAUGAAUCUACAGAAAAUAACCCAAAAUAUUGCAAAAUUUAACUUAUUUUGAAAAGUCAAAUGUUUACAGUAAGUUCAUUGGUUAAUCAUCAUCAGCUAAUUUGAACUAAUGCUUAUUUACAGGACACAAGUAGUGUGUAUUCUGAUUCCUUCCCCUCAAACAUAAACAGUUUGUCAAAAAUAUAGCAGUAAUUGUUAGACGUGUUCACUAUUAUGGUCACACUGUUCUGCUCCAAAUUUUAUAUGUUCUGCUGUCUGAUGGGAAUCCAGUGAUUGACCUUUAUACCUAAAAAAGGUUUAUGCAUGUCUUAAAGGGAAAGGUUUACAUGGAUAUUAAAAACCUGUACCUAAAUAAAUCCUACUCAAUAAGCUCAUACUGAAAAUCCUUUCAGUUUUUCUAGUGUUAUUUUUGAGAGAGUAAACAUAGGCAUUGUACAACUGCUGGGCAUAAAAUACCCAUAAUGCACAGAUUUGCUGGUUUGACACGUAGCACAUGCGUAAAAAAGCUCACUAAGAUUCUUCUCACAUUCUGUUUUUACUUGGUUACAUAGUUAAUUUGAUGCAGUGUAAAAAUUGUUUACUUUAAUGUUAAAAUUUGUUCAUUACAAUAAUUUUCAUGUAGUGCUUCUGCCUUUCCCAUGCAUUGAAAUAUUUAGGGAAAUAUUAAUUAUUGAUUUGUUUGAAACACAGUGUUUAUUUUAUUCUAAUUAUCCCCUCUAGUAGUUUUAAAUAAAGAGGAUCAUGAUUAUGGACAUUGUCAUAAUCAAAAACCUUUGGAUUUGCUCUUGUGUAGCUUCCUCUAUACCCUGGGAAAGUGGGGAGCAUUCAUUUACUCACCAGGCAGCCAAGGCAGCCAAAAAAAUGGGCUGUUUCAUCACCAUGGCAACUGGCCACUGAUCUGUACAUUUGUGAAA